GGCAGAGGGGGGCAGACGGUGCCAGCCCGACGUCCCGGUCAUGCCUGGCUCGGCUUGCCCCUUGCAGCCUCCUCUGGUCCAAGCCAUCUUCAACCGUGACAUUGAGGAGGUGCGGUCGCUGUUGAGCCAGAAGGAAAACAUCAAUGUCCUGGACCAAGAAAGGCGAACGCCACUGCAUGCUGCUGCCUACGUAGGAGAUGCUGCCAUCGUGGAGCUCCUCAUCUUGUCAGGUGCUAACGUGAAUGCAAAGGACACGGUUUGGCUCACGCCGCUGCACCGCGCCGCGGCUUCCCGCAACGAGAAGGCACUUACCCUCCUCCUGAAGCACUCGGCCGACGUCAACGCCCGCGACAAAUACUGGCAGACGCCACUGCAUGUGGCCGCUGCCAACCGGGCCACCAAGUGCGCCGAGGCCCUGGCCCCUCUGCUGAGCAGCGUCAACGUGGCCGACCGCACUGGGCGCACAGCACUGCACCACGCCGUGCACAGCGGUCACAUUGAGAUGGUGAACCUGCUCUUGAACAAGGGGGUCAACCUGAGCACGUGUGACAAGAAGGAGCGACAGCCCAUCCACUGGGCCGCCUUCCUAGGCCACUUGGAGGUGCUGAAGCUGCUUGUGGCCCGUGGUGCUGACGUGGCCUGCAAGGACAAGAAGGGCUACACACUGCUGCACACGGCAGCCGCUAGCGGCCAGAUCGAGGUGGUGAAGCACCUGCUGCGGCUGGGUGUCGAGAUCGACGAGCCGAAUGCCUUUGGGAACACUGCACUUCACAUCGCCUGCUACAUGGGCCAGGAUGCCGUGGCCAAUGAGCUGGUGAACUGUGGCGCCAACGUCAACCAGCCCAACGAGAAGGGCUUCACCCCACUGCACUUCGCCGCCGUCUCCACCAAUGGGGCCCUGUGCCUGGAGCUGCUUGUCAACAACGGUGCCGAUGUCAACUUCCAGAGUAAGGAAGGGAAGAGCCCCUUGCACAUGGCUGCCAUCCAUGGCCGAUUCACGCGCUCCCAGAUCCUCAUUCAGAACGGCAGCGAGAUUGACUGUGCUGACAAAUACGGCAAUACCCCCCUCCACGUUGCUGCUAGAUACGGCCACGAGCUGCUAAUUAGUACUUUGAUGACGAAUGGUGCUGACACUGCAAGGCGUGGGAUCCACGACAUGUUCCCUCUGCACUUAGCUGUUCUCUUUGGAUUCUCAGACUGUUGUCGCAAGCUACUUUCCUCAGGUCAGUUGUACAGCAUCGUCUCCUCGCUGAGCAACGAGCACGUGCUGUCUGCCGGCUUUGACAUCAACACGCCCGACAACCUUGGCAGGACCUGCCUCCACGCUGCUGCUUCCGGAGGGAACGUCGAAUGUCUUAACUUGCUGUUGAGCAGCGGUGCUGACUUGAGAAGGAGAGAUAAAUUUGGGAGGACUCCAUUGCACUACGCAGCCGCCAACGGCAGCUACCAGUGUACGGUGACACUGGUCACCGCUGGAGCCAGUAUUAACGAGGCCGACUGCAAAGGCUGCACCCCCCUGCACUAUGCUGCUGCUUCAGACACGUACAGGAGAGCUGAGACUCAUUCAGGAAACAGCCACGACGCCGAUGAGGAGCCACUCAAGGAGUCCAGGCUGAAGGAGGCGUUCUUCUGUCUCGAGUUCCUGCUGGACAAUGGUGCUGACCCCUCUCUCCGGGACAAGCAGGGAUAUACCGCAGUCCACUACGCCGCUGCCUAUGGCAACCGGCAGAACCUCGAGUUGCUCCUGGAAAUGUCUUUCAACUGCCUGGAGGACGUGGAAAGCACCAUUCCAGUCAGCCCUUUGCACUUAGCUGCCUAUAACGGUCACUGUGAAGCCCUGAAGACCCUCGCCGAGACCCUGGUGAACCUGGAUGUGCGGGACCACAAGGGACGCACGGCGCUGUACCUCGCCACGGAGCAUGGCUCCACGGACUGUGUGGAGGUGCUCACCAGUCACGGAGCCUCUGCCCUGGUCAAGGAGCGCAAGCGCAAGUGGACGCCUCUCCAUGCUGCAGCUGCCAACGGGAACACAGAUUCCCUGCACCUCCUGAUUGACAGCGGGGAGCGGACUGACAUCGCCGACGUCAUGGAUAUCCAUGGCCACCACUGGACAGGGCUGGGGCCAAACCCAGGAGUCCUGCGAAACUGGUCCCGCCCCCGCAGAACCCCGCUGAUGCUGGCGAUCAUGAAUGGCCACGUUGACUGCGUCCACCUCCUGCUGGAGAAGGGGUCCACGGCUGACGCUGCUGACAAGCGAGGCAGGACGGCUCUGCAUCGUGGGGCGGUGACAGGGUGCGAGGACUGCCUGGCAGCGUUGCUGGACCAUGACGCCUUUGUACUGUGCCGGGACUUCAAGGGGCGUACGCCCCUGCACUUGGCCUCGGCCUGCGGCCACCCCGAUGUGCUGCGCACCCUGCUGCAGGCCGCGCUCUCUACUGACCCACUGGACUCUGUGGUGGACUACAGUGGCUACUCCCCCAUGCACUGGGCUUCAUACAGCGGGCACGAAGAUUGUCUGGAACUGUUACUUGAACACAACCCGUUUGCGUACCUGGAAGGAAACCCCUUCACUCCAUUGCACUGUGCAGUAAUUAACAACCAGGAUGGCACUGCUGAGAUGCUGGUGGAAGCAUUGGGUGCCAAGAUUGUUAAUAGCAGAGAUGCCAAAGGAAGGACCCCCCUUCACGCUGCUGCCUUCGCAGACAACAUCCACGGUUUACAGCUGCUGUUGCGCCACCAGGCUGAGGUGGACGCAGCUGACCAGCUGGGGAGGACGCCCCUCAUGAUGGCUGCUGAGAACGGGCACACUGCAGCUGUAGAGUUCUUGCUGUACAGAGCGAAAGCAGAUAUCACCGUGCUGGACGUCAACAGGAACACGGCUCUUCACCUGGCCUGCAGUAAGGGUCAUGAAAAGUGUGCCUUGUUGCUCCUGGGGGAAACCCAAGACCUUGGCCUUAUCAAUGCAACUAACAGUGCUCUGCAGAUGCCUCUCCACAUCGCAGCGCGGAAUGGACUGGCCUCCGUCGUCCAGGCCCUGCUCAGCCGCGGUGCAACAGUGCUGGCGGUGGAUGAAGAAGGUCACACCCCGGCGCUGGCCUGCGCCCCCAACAAGGACGUGGCGGAUUGCCUGGCACUGAUCCUCUCCACCAUGAAGCCUUUCCCCCCGAAAGACGCCAUCAGCCCCUUCAGCUUCAACCUCCUUAAGAACUGCAGCAUCGCGGCCAAGACAGCGGCCUGCGGCGCCCUGCCCAACGGCGCCUCCUGCCCCUACGCCAAGGACCGGCAUGGUGCCAUCGGCCUGGACGGCUGCUACUCGGAGUAGCGCGCCCCACGGUGACCCCCUCUCUUCUCCUAUUUAUUUAGAGCCUCUCUGCGUCUAGGGCACUUUGAAGGAGAACAAGCCUGGGCCAGGCCCCACCCUGCAGCCACCCGGGGCUCCCUGCUUCCGCUGUGCACCCCCCUCGCCCAUCGGCAGCCGCCUGGCUCUGUCCCCCGCCCUCGUGCCCCCGCCUGUUCUAACGGCUUCUCUUGGCAGGGUGGCACGAGCGCGGUCGGUGCCAGCCAGGCCCCCCCACCCACGUGCAGGGCCCUGCUUGCCCUCACGGGGAGCCAUUCGCCUUAAACGUCACUUGAUUUGUGGACCACAAAAAACUUCUCCUCCGCCCUGGGGCUGCUGUGCCAACCCCCACGGCUGCCCCACAGCGGAAGCUCGGACCCCCGAGGGGGGAUUGGGAAGGGGAGUGGGGGGAUUGCUGACAAACAAGGGACCGUGGCGGCAGGCACCAGUCAGUGCUGCUGCCCCCGCACGUGUUGCCAUCAUGCCCGUCCCCACCGCCCCCUGCUGACACUUGAAUUGGAACUACUGUACCUGGGCUGCGCGCCUGCCCCCCCUGUGGCUGGCACCCCCUGCACGCCCGGAUGCAACAUGGGCGCCGUGGUCCAUGCCCACAUGUGCUGCUGGAGCUGCCUUCCUCGUGCAGGCACUUUAGGGUCCCCCUCGCCUCUUUCCCCCCCUUCCCACCUUCUAGGCCCCGGGACACAAGGCCCCAGCCCCCCCCCAAUGCUGCGUGGCUGCCCCCCACUUUCCCCCGGCAGCAUUGCUUUUCCUUUAUCGAGAAUUUGCCUGAACACAAGCAAAAAAAAAAAA